AUGUCUCCAACGGCUACGGAUGUAUCUCAAAAUGGAAGUGUCGUUAAAAAUGUCCAUUUGGGAUCCACGAUUUGUGAAAAUGAAGACACUGAUUUGUUAAGGUUAUCGGAUAGACCUCCUCGACCUACUCACAUAGAGAGGAAUAGAUCCUUCGAUGAAAGGUCCUUCAGUGAAAUGUCCAUCUCUUUGUCACCACCACGUCCAAAUUUUAGUUCUGAAAACUCCUCCCAUGUAUUUGACCAUCUCGAGUGUAUGCGAUCUGGCUUUAAUUCUCCAAGAUCAAAUCAUUUUGAACCACAUCCCAUGGUGUUUGAUGCAUGGGAGGCCUUGAGGCGUUCGCUGGUUUUCUUCCGUGGGCAACCAGUAGGGACCAUUGCUGCCUCCGACCAUUCUGCAGAAGAACUUAACUAUGAUCAGGUAUUUGUGAGAGAUUUUGUUCCUAGUGCCUUGGCUUUUUUGAUGAACGGGGAGCCUGAAAUAGUUAAGAACUUCCUUUUGAAAACCCUUCGUCUCCAAUCACGGGAAAAGAGGGUUGAUCAGUUCAAGUUAGGAGAAGGAGUCAUGCCAGCAAGUUUUAAAGUACUCCAUGACCCUGUUAGGAACUUUGAGACUAUAACUGCAGAUUUUGGUGAAAGUGCAAUAGGUAGAGUUGCUCCGGUCGAUUCUGGUUUUUGGUGGAUUAUAUUACUUCGUGCAUAUACAAAGUCUACAGGGGACAUUUCUUUGGCUGAACUGCCUGAAUGCCAAAGGGGAAUGCGCCUUAUUCUGAGUUUAUGUCUCUCUGAAGGAUUUGAUACAUUCCCAACUCUACUCUGUGCUGAUGGAUGUUCUAUGGUUGACCGUAGAAUGGGGAUUUAUGGGUAUCCUAUUGAAAUACAAGCACUUUUCUUUAUGGCUUUAAGAUGUGCUUUACUUCUACUUAAGCAUGAUGAUGAGGGAAAGGAGUUUGCUGAUCGAAUAGUUAAACGCCUCCAUGCUUUAAGCUAUCACAUGAGAAGCUAUUUUUGGCUGGACAUAAAGCAACUUAAUGACAUAUAUCGUUUUAAGACAGAGGAGUACUCUCACACAGCUGUAAACAAAUUCAAUGUAAUGCCUGACUCCCUUCCAGAUUGGGUGUUUGAUUUCAUGCCAAAUCGCGGCGGUUACUUUAUUGGUAAUGUGAGUCCUGCAAGAAUGGAUUUUCGUUGGUUUUGCCUGGGUAAUUGCGUGGCGAUUUUGUCUUCUUUAGCAACCCCUGAGCAAGCUUCAGCGAUUAUGGAUCUUAUUGAAUCGCGUUGGGAAGAGUUAAUUGGAGAAAUGCCACUGAAGAUUUGUUAUCCUGCCAUGGAAAGUCAUGAAUGGAGGAUUGUAACUGGCUGUGAUCCGAAGAAUACUAGCUGGAGUUACCAUAAUGGAGGAUCUUGGCCAGUACUUCUAUGGCUCCUUACCGCUGCAUGUAUCAAGACUGGACGACCCCAAAUUGCUAGACGUGCCAUUGCAAUUGUUGAAAGCCGUUUGUUGAAAGACCAUUGGCCUGAAUAUUAUGACGGAAAGCUUGGUCGAUUUAUUGGAAAACAGUCCCGGAAAUUCCAGACCUGGUCCAUUGCUGGUUAUUUGGUGGCCAAGAUGAUGCUUGAAGACCCAUCUCAUUUGGGUAUGAUAUCGAUCGAGGAAGACAAACAGAUGAAACCCCACAUAAAAAGAUCCACUUCAUGGACCUCUUGA